AACACACACACACACACACACACUGAAACGUGCCCAUCGCGAUCGCGCCUCUUAUUUGCAGCUUGUUUCAGCCACGACCAGAGGGAGGAGCAUUCGUGCGCGCGUGGGGGUGAGUGGUGAGAGCUGUUGUCAUGGACCACCGGGACUCGGGGAAGGCGACGGUGGUGAGCGCGCCGGCGGGGCGGGCGGCGAACGGCACCGGUGGCGACGGGGGGCCCGGCGACGCGAGCUUCGACACCAACAUGGUGAUCAUCCUGGCGGCGCUCUUCUUCGCGCUGCUGUUCGCCAUCGGGCUCAACUCGCUGGCGCGGUGCGCGCUCCGGUGCGGGAUCCGGGGCGCGGCCGGCGGCGGCGGCGAGGGGGCGUCGGCAUCGUCGUCAACACGCGGCGCGUCCUGCGCCGGCGGGAUCAAGAAGCGCGCGCUGCGAAGCAUCCCCGUGGAGGUGUACGGCGGCGGCGGCGGCGGGGAGGGAGGCCACGGCGCCGGGGCGGCGGAGGAGGAGGAGGAGGACGUGUGCGCCAUCUGCCUGGGCGAGUUCGCGGACGGCGAGAAGGUGCGCGUGCUGCCGCGGUGCGGGCACGGGUUCCACGUCCCCUGCGUGGACGCCUGGCUCCUGUCCCGCGGCUCGUGCCCGACGUGCCGCCGCCCCGUGAUUGACGGGAAGAAGCCCGCGGCCGCCAAGCCCGGCGCCGCGGGCCAAAGCCGGCGGCCGCCGGAUAGCGACACCAUCGCCGUGGUCAUCGCUUGAGGAGGGGAGGGAAGCAGAGCAAUCGGAGCAGGCCUAGUGGUAGGCAACGAAGCAAGGUAUAGUUCUGGACUUCUGGGCCCGUGGAUAAGCUCAUGUAAAAAUAUCUCCGUAGCCCAGUAGCGAGUACUGACCGAUAAUUAUCCGGCGAUGACUGACCCACUUGCCAUGUCUGGUCAGGUGUCGCUACUUGUAGUGAGUACGUAGCUAGUAGCAGCAUCGUAGCAUCUCGCCGUCCGAUGUAUCCUAGCUGCCCGGUUGUUCACUGGAUGUGUUCGACGGCGCCGGACAAAAAAACAAAAAACAAAACAAUUGUUGCAUAUGAGCAGCCAUACCGUCA